CAUUUUCGCUCUCAUACUUCCUUCACUUGGAUACCUUGCCUUCGAUACCUUCCCUUCUAUUCAUCGCUUCGAAUAUGGCUGGCAAAAGUGGCAAGAAACCAUUGAGCCUCAACGAUAGCCAUUAUCGAUUCCUCCAAGACCUCUCUGCUCCUCCGAAGCCCUCCUCAAAGCCAUCUGACGGCGACGACGAGUCGUCCCCGACAACACUCAAAGGCCGAAGGCGGCAACAGGGACAAGAUUUAUUUAGGGACGAGGAAGAUGAUAACAUCCCUCGAUUUUCUGCAAUUACCGACUUUGAUUCUCCGAUUGAGCUACGCUCAGCGGAAGACAAAAAGCCUGUCCAGGUAGACGGUCGACCUCGCCUCCGUACAGUCUCGCCGAAGGAAAACAGUAAAGAUCAAGGUGACAAUAUUCCCCAGUCUAAAGAAGCGACCGACUUGAAUACCCACAGAGGGGAAAAUAAGACGAAGGUCAAAAUGGAAGGCCGGCGUCGCCUAUGCAAGGUGUCAUAUGCAGACAGUGAUAAUGCUGAUAAAAUGGCGGCGCUUGAUGACUCGGAGGUUUCUGACCUUGUGGAUUUUGAUUCACCCCCUUUGCCGACAAAAAAUGCAACGGGCGUUGAGAAGAGUCAGGGUAGGAGUGAAAUUAGGGAUAUAUUAGAUGAGUUGAGCUCGAGGUUUGAUAUUCUGUCAGUAGAUAAGAAGCGGGGAGCGAAAUCAGCGCAUACAUUUGAAAAUUGUUCAUCAUUGGUUAUAGGAAAUGAAAAUACGGAAGAUAAGAAUAUUGAUUAUGCCAGUGCAGAUUCUUCAUUUUCAGCUCAGCAGGACCCAUGCGACAGUUCAUCCGAUGCAUCUAAGAGUGCUACUGGAGGCAUUGACAUUGAACAUGUAGAAGAUGAUUUGGACGACUCUAUUGAAGUGCUGGAUCAUUUUGACUCUGAGAAUGUUAAUUCUAUGACUUUUAAUGGUCCCCAUUUCGCACACGAGUUACCAGAUUCUUCAUUUUCAGCUCAGCAGGACCCAUGUGACAGUUCAUCCGAUGCAUCUAAGAGUGCUACUGGAGGCAUUGACAUUGAACAUGUAGAAGAUGAUUUGGACGACUCUAUUGAAGUGCUGGAUCAUUUUGACUCUGAGAAUGCUAAUUCUAUAACUUUUAAUGGUCCCCAUUUCACAUACGAGUUACCAGGAAAAAUUGCCAAAAUGUUGUAUCCACAUCAGCGUGAUGGCUUGAAGUGGCUUUGGUGUCUGCAUUGUCAGGGUAAGGGUGGAAUCCUGGGGGAUGACAUGGGUCUAGGGAAAACAAUGCAGAUUUGUAGUUUUCUAGCUGGUUUAUUCAAUUCACGUUUGAUUAAAAGGGCAUUGGUGGUGGCACCAAAAACCUUACUUCCCCAUUGGAUCAAAGAAUUAUCUAUUGUCGGUCUUUCUGAGAAGACAAGGGAAUACUUUGGAACUUGUACUAAAGCCCGAGAGUAUGAACUUCAAUACAUACUCCAGGAUAAAGGUGUUCUUCUUACAACAUACGAUAUUGUUCGCAAUAAUUCUAAAUCAUUACGGGGGAAUUAUCUAUCUGAUGAUGAGGAAAAUGAAGACGGCCCCAUAUGGGAUUAUAUGAUACUUGAUGAGGGCCAUCUUAUAAAGAAUCCCAGCACACAAAGAGCUAAAAGUUUGCUACAGAUACCAAGUGCCCAUCGCAUAAUCAUCAGUGGCACGCCAUUGCAAAAUAAUCUUAAGGAGCUGUGGGCCUUGUUCAAUUUCUGCUGCCCUGAGUUGCUGGGUGAUAAACAAUGGUUUAAAGAAAAUUUCGAGUCAGCUAUACUUCGUGGAAGUGACAAAAGAGCUUCUGAGAGAGAGAAGCGUGUUGGUUCUUCAGUUGCAAAGAUGCUCAGAGACCGUAUUCAGCCAUACUUUUUAAGACGCCUAAAGAGUGAGGUUUUUAAUCAAGAUGACAAGGAUACAACAACGAAACUCUCUCGGAAAAGAGAGAUUAUCGUGUGGUUACGAUUGACUAGUAUUCAGAGAUAUCUUUAUGAAGCGUUUCUAAAGAGUGAGAUUGUUCUUUCAGCAUUUGACGGCUCACCUCUUGCUGCACUUACGAUUUUGAAGAAAAUUUGUGAUCAUCCGCUUUUGUUGACCAAGCGGGCUGCUGAAGAUGUGUUGGAAGGGAUGGACUCAAUGCUAAAGCCAGAAGAGGUUAACAUUGCAGAGAAACUGGCAAUGCACAUAGCUGAUGUUGCCGACACAGACAAGUUCAAGGCUGAGCAUGAUGUCUCGUGCAAAAUAUCUUUCAUAAUGUCAUUACUGGAUAAUUUGAUCCCCCAAGGACAUCAUGUGCUUAUUUUUUCUCAAACGCGCAAGAUGCUUAAUCUUAUUCAGGAAUCUAUAACGUCCAAAGGUUAUGAAUUUGUACGAAUUGAUGGAACAACAAAAGCUACUGAUAGAAUAAGGAUUGUUAAUGAUUUCCAAGAUGGUUCGGCAGCUCCCAUAUUUCUUUUGACAUCUCAAGUUGGUGGUUUGGGGCUGACACUUACUAAGGCAGAUCGUGUGAUUGUGGUUGAUCCUGCUUGGAACCCAAGUACGGAUAACCAAAGCGUUGACCGUGCAUAUCGUAUUGGCCAAAAGAAAGAUGUUCUUGUAUAUAGACUAAUGACAUGUGGAACUGUUGAAGAAAAGAUAUACAGGAAGCAGGUAUACAAGGGGGGAUUGUUUAAAACAGCAACAGAACAUAAAGAACAAAUCCGGUACUUCAGCCAGCAGGAUCUCAGAGAGCUUUUCAGCCUCCCUAAGGACGGUUUUGAUGUGUCUGUUACUCAGAAGCAAUUAGAAGAGGAGCAUGCUUGCGAAGAUACAGUGGAUGACUCUUUCAAAGCACACAUAGAGUUCUUGAAAAGUCAAGGCAUAGCUGGAGUUAGUCACCACAGUUUACUUUUCUCCAAGACAGCACCAGUUCAAGAUGCACCUGAGGAUGAUAAAGUGUCAAGGAAUCAUGGGACUAGAUAUGUUGGAACUUCAACAUCUACUUCCCUUGAACGUCCUGUAGAUGGAGCUGAGUUUGCUUUUAAUCCAAAGGAAGUAAAAUUGAGCCAAAAAGGUUCUUCCCCCGAUAGUGCUGGUAAAUUGACAGGGUCUGAAAUUAGGGAUAAAAUCAGACGGAUUUCUCAAACACUUGCAAAUAAGGUGAUGAUUUCUAGAUUACCUGAUAAGGGAGAAAAACUACAACAGCGGCUUGCUGAACUAAAUUCUGAGCUCAGUAAAUUAAAGAUAGAAGAAAGAAAUGUGAUUGAUUUGGAUGACAUAAGCGAAGAAUUUCAAAGGGUAGUAAAUGUAUAAAUUAUUGUUAAGAGAAUUUAAAAUUAAAUAGAUCGAAUUGUUAUGGUUGCCUUGUGGAUGAGAAUGGCCAAUACUAGUUUUAUUUGGCAAUAUAUUUUGUUAAAGGUGAUGAAUUUCUUGGUCACCUUAUAAAACAUGUUUAUUGGCAUAUUUUGAUGCCUACAUGUAAAGAUUUUAAUAUGCUUCUUUUUAACUAGGAUGCCAUAUAAGGCUAAUUAUUUUGUGAAACAUUUACAUGUAAGAUUUAAAAAAAUUAAUACGCAAACCUUUUCCUCAUUAAUAGA